AUGAAAAAGGGAACUAGCUCAACACUGAAACUUUGCCAAAUAUGUUUCUGUGAAAUUGCUAAAGGUAAAAGUAUUCAUAUUACACUCGGUACUCGGGAAAGUGACCAGAGAAAGAUUCCUUGUAAUGAAGUAGAAGUUUUGGUAAAUACCUUAGGACUUAGUCAAUUGCAGUCAAAUGAAAUGUUAAAAACUUUGAGGAGAAGUGGUGUAAAGUUUAAGUCAAACAUGGAGAAAGCCCUGGAUGAAAAAAGUAAACUACUUUCCAACUUUUAUGUCACUGAAUUAUUAGACUUUCAAAAAAAUGACUAUGCUACAGUGAAGAGACACUUGGUAUAUAUUGAAGAUAUUAAAACAUUUCUGGAUUUUGUAAUAAAAUAUCGAGGGCAGGUUCCACAAAACACAUUUGUAAAGGUUGGAAUAGAUUCAGGUGGAGGAUCACUGAAAGUUAUAGUAAAUCUGUUUGAUCCAACCAAGGACAGGACAGAAGAUAGCAGCUCCUUAGGAUCAUACUCAGGAGCAAAUACGUCACUUGUUUUAGCUUAUUGUAAAAGGAUAAGUGAGAAUCAUUCUAACAUGACAAUGAUUGUGGAAAGAUUAAAGUUGCAUGAAUGCAAGUACUUAUUGGCUUCUGACAUGAAGUUAAUCAACAUAUUGCUAGGAAUUUCGGCGUGUUUGUUUUAAAUAAUUUUAAGAUAAUAAGACAU